AUGCGAGAAAUCCAGGAGGCUCAAAAAGAGCAACGGGUGGCGUUGGAAAUGCUGACGAAACAAAUCUCUCAAGUUGCAGUAUCGUUGGGAAAGAUAAAGGGAAAUGAAGCCACUAUGCAACCACCUGGUCAUGAGAAUAUUAGUGAAGUAUCUCUGCGGUCAGGGAAGGUCUACCAAGGCCCCAGCCAUCCUGCGAUAUCUCCACAAACUGAUUCUGGACCAAGCCGUGAGGAAGAGGGAGAAUCCAGUAGAGGUGGUCAAGUGGAAGAAAGAGGCAAGGAAAAGGUGGGAGGAGAGGCCUCGAAAGGAGGUCAGAAGGAAGAAACUGAAAGGGUUAAGCCUUAUCCGUACCGUGGAAUGGUGACAAGAAAAAAAGAUGCCGCAAUCGAUGUGGCAAGCAUGUUCAAGGACGUGGAUGUAAAGGUACCGCUCUUAACGGCAUUAAAAAUGCCUCCGAUCAGUAUGUUCAUUAAAGACUACCUGGCAGGAAAGGUCAAUGAGGAAGGGAGACUGAUUACAGAUGAGAACGUCUCUGCCGUAAUCCAGAGAAGUGACCUCCCCUCCAAGAAAACUGAUCCAGGAAUGUUCACACUCCCAAUUUCAAUCAGAGACAUUCAGGUAGAGCACGCCAUGUGCGACUUGGGGGCAUCUAUCAACGUUCUGCCAUACUCUAUCUAUCGGAAGCUGGGAGAGGCCAAGCUAGUCGACACAGAUAUAAUGAUACAGUUGGCCGACAGAUCAUGUAUUCAUCCCGAAGGAAUUCUGGAAGAUGUUAUUAUAAAGGUGAAUAACUUUCUAUACCCAGCUGAUUUUUUCGUAAUCAAGAUGACAGAACCCACGGCAAAAGAGUCGAGUGGAGUCCUACUGGGACGACCAUUCUUGUCCACGACCAGCACUAUCAUAGACGUCCGCAAUGGGACGAUCAGUCUGGACUUCAAGGGAGGGCAGUAUACAUUCAAUAUCGAUGAGGCCAUAAAAAGGCCAGCCGACGGAAAGAACGUGUAUUCCGUGGAUGUAACUGAGCCCUUGGUAUAG